AUGGGGAAUUACGCCUCCUGCGCCUUCGUCGCUCCCAAGCUCAGGAGUCCUAAAUCGGCGAGGGUCAUCCUCCCCAGCGGCGAGGUCCGCCAGUUCCGCAAUCCGGUCAAGGCGGCGGACCUCAUGCUCGAGGCGCCUAAUUUCUUCCUCGUCAACUCCAAAUCCCUAGCCAUCAACCGGCGAUUCUCGCCGCUCGCCGCCGACGAGGAUCUCGAGUUCGGGAACCUCUACGUCAUGUUUCCGAUCAGGCGAUCGAGCUCCGUCGUCACCGCCGCAGACGUCGCCGUGUUCCUGAUGGCGGCCAGCUCGGCGCCGAAGCGGAUCGCCGGUGGCAGGAUAUCUCCAGAGGCGGAGGCGGAGGCAAUUGAAACGGCGUCGUCGAGUGGAUUGGAUUUGGAGGCGGUUGCGCCGGGGUAUCAGUAUAGGCUAUCGGUUUGCCGAUCGAAGCGCCCGGGAUUGGAUACGAUUCUAGAAGAGCCUGUAUUUUAA